UCCACAUAGGUAGAGAUAGAGAGAGAACAAAUAAAAGUUUAAAUUAAAUUUUAUCUCCAUGGCUGCUGAGAAGAAGAAACACUUACGUGAGCUUCUUGAAGAUGACCAAGAACCUUUUCAUCUCAACCAUUACAUAGCCGACCUUCGAUCACAGAUGGGUUACUCCGAUUUGCGUGUCAAGAAACUAAAGCCCCAAAACGCAGCCGUUCUACCUCCUGGUUUCUUCACAUGCGGCGAGAGCUCUUGUUUCUUGGCAACUCAUCAUACUAAUAAAUCUCCUCUCUUUGAACUCCGGUCGCCGUCGAAGAAGGAAUCUAGUGACGGUCAAGUUUUCCUUCGUAUUCCUGCGAGAACCGCCGCAAUUCUACUAGAAGCGGCGACGAGGAUACAGAAGCAGCAGUCAGAGAAGGCUAACAAGACUAACAACAGAGGAAACGCGUUUGGGUUGUUCGGGUCCGUUUUGAAGCGGUUGACAAACCGUAAAGCAAAACCGCGUUCGGAUAACGCUGAUAAGUGCUUUUGUGAGAGCCCUUUUCAUUUCGUUCUCCAUGCAACUCCUUCUACUUCCAGUCAACAGACUCCACAGUUCACGUCGACGGCUACUUCUCCGGCACGACGUAGUACAGAGGAUGAAGAUAGCGAUGAGACAGAGAGCUUAGAGAAAGUGAGAGGACAAGACGAAGAAGAUAAAGAAGAGGAAGACAAGGAACAAUGUAGCCCUGUUUCUGUACUUGACCCUCUUGAGAAAGAAGAGGACCACCACCAACGAGAGGUGCCUGACCAUCUCAAUCUCCUCUCGUGCAGCUUUGAAGUUGUACAACGGACGAAAAGGCGGCGGCUACUCAAGAAGCUUUGUAGAUUCGAGAAGUUGGCAGGGAUGGACCCAGUAGACCUCGAAGGGAAGAUGUCAGAAGAACAAGAAGAAGAGAAUGAGGAGAGCGUGGAAGACGAUAACAUGAGGGUUUAUGAUUUGGCUGAAGAAUAUGAGGACAUGGAUGAAGCCAUGGCACGAGAGAGCGGAUGGGUGGAAGAGGAGAGGACGAAGAAGUGGAGGAUGAUGAAUGCAUGGAGGCUAGGAAUGGGUGCGGAGGAAGCCGCGGAGGCGGUGGUGCAGAAAGAUAUAAGAGGGGAGGCCGGAGAAUGGACAAGACACGGUGGAGAAGUGGAGGAGGCUGUGUCGGAAAUCGAGCUCUCUAUCUUCAUCUUCUUGAUUGAUGAAUUUUCCCACGAACUUGUCUCCUCCUUCAUGAACGAAUAAUGAAUUUUAUUAGAGAAAGGAAAGUUACUAGAUUUCUAGAUAUCUUUGACUUGGUUAACCUA